CGACAGUUGGCUGUGUGGUGCCGGAGCAGAGGGAAUUUCAAAUUGAGAAUUAAAAGACUUGACGAUCAAAAUGGACAAUACUCCUCUACUUGCCUUUCUUCUUUUCGCAUUUGAUGGAAUCGUCAUCAGUCAACGUGUGGUAGAGACACAAAAGGGGCCUUUGAUUAGAGUAGAAGGAUCCCAUGUUACCAUAUCAUGCAAAGUUACUGGCUAUGAAGGAACUGGAAAGCAGAACUUUCAUUGGUCAUUUUACCUGCCCACAAUGCCUAACGUUGAACUUCAAAUAGUCAGCACAGGAGACCUUCACUUUACUUAUGCCGUUUAUCGUCAUCGAGUGAAGACAAAAGAUAUUUAUAUUGAGAGAACGAGCAAGGACUCUGUGUUUCUGCAUAUAACUAAACUGCAAUUGCGUGACCAAGGGGAGUAUGAGUGCUACACACCUAGCACAGAAUCGACUUACUAUGGAAUUUACAGUGACAAAGCAAAUUUGACAGUGGUACCGGAUACACUUCAAGCAAGAAUGCCAGCUCAGCACAUAUCUAAAACUAUUGGAGAUUCCCUCAGAUUGUCUUGUGAUGUUACCAAGCAAAAUUACCACCACACACACUUGUCAGUUUCCUGGAUGCUUGAGACUCAGAAGGGCACCUUUGAGAUUAUAUCACUUUCUAAAGACUUCAUCCUGCAAAGCAGCGAUGCUUUUCAUCACAGACUUGAAGUUGGUGGACUGCGUCUGGACAGAAUUGGUCCAUCAACUUUCAACUUGACUAUACUUUAUCUGCAACUUUCUGACCAAGGCAAGAUUUACUGUCAGGUGACCGAAUGGAUUCAGGAUCCAGAUAAAUCCUGGUACCCCUUCUCUACAAAACACACAGAGAGCACAGAGGUGUUUGUUAUUGGCAAGCAACAAAAAUCAGACCCCAUCAGCGUGGCAUCUGAAACCAAUGAAACAGUUCAGAUUCAGGGAAUCAUUCUUCAUGCUGGUAGCUUGUGUUCUGGAAGUGAACCGGCAACAGUCCUUCAGAGAUUGUGCUUCCUAGUCAUUCUGCUGCUUUUGAUUUAACAUGAACACCAAGAAGAUUUUUUGAAGUAAAUUAAAUGCACCAAAACUCUAUAGCUAGUGCAUCACAACAGGAUCAUCAAAUGAUUCAGUGACGAACAAGUGUUAUGUGGGCAACAACAAAAAAUUUGUCCGCUUAUUGGAAAUGCUAAGAAAUGAUUGCCAUAAAGGAAUGCCUACUAAUCUCUAUUAAAUGUAUUUAUUUUGUGGCAAGAAUUAGCUAAUAUUGAAAGUUCCGUCCAUGCUGUGUUACAUGCUGUAUGACUUCAAAAGCAUUUUAAGGUGCUUCAUUAUUUACGUGUCUUUCAUUAAUCAGCCUAAACAGUGCAGAAAUUUUAAACCGACCUUCCUGUUGCAAACAUGUGGAUACUGUAUACUUUCCUUAAAUUCUUUUCUUCUACUGUGUCAUAUUGCUGAAGAAAUAAGAAAGGCACAUCACCACUAAUCGUUCAACAAGUUUAAUUUCUUACUAUCAAUGAGCCUGAAAAGUCUUUGGUCAGCUUCAACUCUCUUUAUGUGUACAUUUUUCUCAAAUGUUUG